GAAACAUUUUCUCAGUUCUGUAAAAGCAUUAACUGCUUUAACCAACUAAUAGUUAAACAGUUUCACUGAGAUUUUUCAAUUAAGUUCCGUUUAAUUUUUCGAUUGUAACAAGUCAUUAUGGAGCAUAUAAAGAAGAAAAUGUUGGCAAUGAAAUUGGACAAGGAGAAUGCUGUUGAUGAAGCUGACCAACUUGAAGCAAAAUUACGUGAAAAAGAAUUGGAAAUGCAAACUAAAGAUGAAGAAGCAGCUGAAGUAGUGAAAAAGAUUCAACAAAUUGAAACUGAUAAAGAGACUGCUCAAAGUCAACUGGUUGAAACAAAUACAAAAUUAGAAGAAACUGAGAAAAGAGCAACUGAGAGCAAUCAAAAGCAUGCAGAAAACGCCAUGAGAAAGGCCUCAGAACUCAAUCUUGAUACUUCCGAUGACAGUUCAUCUUUAGAAUCUCCUGUAAGAAUGAAGCAGUUGUCAAAUGCAAGGAGUCAAGUACGCGGAAUUAUCCGACAAACGCAGAAAAGGCUGAGAAGGAGAAGGACUACUUCGAGGGCGAACGAGGAAUCAAGAUUUAAAAAUGCAUACCCCACUUUUCUAUUGCACAACUGGAGGUUUCGUAACCAUGACUGUCAACGUUCUAAUGAACCUGAAUCUGGGACCGAUCAACUGGCCUUAUUAGGUCCAAGAUUAGAACCCGAAGGGGAGGAUCAAGCCACAUUAGAUAAGAGUUCAGAGCAAAGGAAUGUGCUGUAUGACCAAUGGACCGAAAACUUGUUUUCUGACUAUGGGAGCAGAAGCGAUGAUGAUGAAGAUGAAUACAUAGUACGAAGACGUACUUCGAAGAUUGUUGAUUUUGACACUGCACUGGAAGAAGCUCUAUCAGCUGCUUAUCUUAAUUCAGGAACCCUUAUUAAAAUGGCAAUCAUUGGUGUUGAAUUGCAAAAUGUUGUCAAAGUUUCCUUACGAAAGGCAGAAACAGAAGUAUCCGCAUUGCAAAAGCGUAUUCGGCAGCUUGAGGACGAAUUGGAAUCUACUGAGACACGUCUUGGGGAAGCCACCGUAAAGCUGGAAGAGGCUAGCAAAGCAGCUGAUGAAAGUGACCGAGGUCGUAAAGUAUUGGAGAAUCGUACUAUCGCUGAUGAAGAACGUAUCAAUCAGUUAGAAGAACAGUUGAAAGAAUCCACCUUUAUGGCUGAAGAUGCAGAUCGAAAAUAUGAUGAGGCAGCUCGUAAGCUGGCCAUCACGGAAGUCGAACUGGAACGGGCUGAGUCUCGGCUGGAAGCUGCCGAAAGCAAAAUUACGGAGCUCGAGGAGGAGUUGCGCAUUGUUGGUAAUAAUGUGAAAUCUUUGGAGAUUUCCGAACAAGAGGCAGCUCAACGAGAGGAAGCCUACGAAGAAAAUAUCCGUGAUUUAACUGAACGAUUAAAGGCUGCUGAGGAUCGAGCUCAGGAAUCUGAAAGACUUGUCAAUACACUUCAAGCUGAUGCUGACCGCCUUGAAGAUGAAUUGGUUACUGAGAAGGAGAAAUACAAGGCACUCAGUGAAGAAUUGGAUUCUACAUUUGCAGAACUUACUGGAAAUUAAUUGGUGUUUUAUUGACUAAAACUGCCUAACUUCCAAUUAUUUCCUACCCUGAUUAAUCAUACUGCUUUAUUGAUAUUGAAUUCACAUUCAAUAUUGUUAUUCUCCUUACUAUUUCUUACGCUUAUCCAAGUGAUUACGGUCAUGGAUUAUGAUAUGAUGUUAUUAUUUAGUUGUUAUGGUCUUAACAUUUCUGAUUUUUAUUGUUUUAUUCAACCAAGAGAAAACAGAACAAAACCAAACUGGUCAGUGCAUAAUCUUUGUGUGUGUGUGUGUUGUAUGUAGGAUGAAAAUCUGAGAUGACACAAGUUCCCGAGAUGGUAAUACCAGUUAUGAUACAUACAUAUAUAUAUAUUGUCUUCGUUUUGUUUUUAAUCCCUCUCCUAGAUUCCUUAUGUUUAGAACCUUGUUCCUCCGGAUAACUUGGAGCAAAUACACGUAUAUGCUACAAAAAAAAACUAUUCACACUG